CACGGUGCCGCGUGCUCACGCCUACGUCACGACCACUCACGAACACCACGGGAUCUUGGAGGAGACGAAUCAAGCGAUCAAAAUCCCCAACACCUACGACGAAGCCAUGAGCUCUCCCCAGCGCGAAGAAUGGAAAGGAGCGUGCAGCAAGGAAAUGGACAAUCUGCGGAAACACAACGUCUACACUCUGGUGCCCCUCAGCAUCGUUCCCAAGAGAGAGAAGAUCCUCGGAACGAAAUUCGUCUUCAAGAAAAAGCUGGACGGACGCUUCAAAGCUCGCCUGGUAGUCGGAGGACAUCGUCAAGAGCCAGGACAGGACUACGGACGCAGCUACGCACCAGUAUGCCGUAUCGGGAGCAUUCGCAUGACGUGCGCCAUUGGCUGCCACAACAACUGGCCCAUCUACCAACUGGACGUUGUCGGUGCCUUCCUGAACGCCCGCUGUGACAGAGAUGUGUACGUCAGACCCGCCCCCGGUACAUCCGCCAAGAACUCCGCGACGGGAGAACCCAUGGUGUACAAACUAGAACGGAGCCUCUACGGCCUAUCGCAGUCGCCUGCGCUCUGGAAUGACACCCUGGACGAAUCCCACACGGUGUUCGGAUGGAAAAAGACUCAAUCCGACCCCUGCGUGUUCGUGUAUAUCAGCGGCAACAUCAUCGUGAUUCUCACGGAGCCCACUGAUCGAUUCGAGAUGACCGACAUGGGAGAGGUAAAGCGGAUCCUCGGGAUCGACGUGCAGCGAGACUACGAGCAAGGAACCCUGGCCAUUUCACAGGAGCACUACGUGAACACACUUCUGGAGCGGUUCGGAAUGCAAGAGGCCAACCCAGUGAGCACUCCUGGAUACGGAGCGGAAAUCUCCACGAAUCAACCUCAGGACCUAAUCCUAGGACCCACGGACAAGAAAAUCUACUAGUCGAUGACAGGAAGCACCCUCUACCUGGCCCAGUGCGCGCGAUUCGACCUCUCCUACGCUGCCCUACAACUUUCCAAGACCUGAGGCAACCCAGCGCAAGUGAACAUGACAGCAGCCAAGCACGUUCUGCGAUACAUUCGGGGUAAUCCCGUUCUUCCUAUCGUCUACAAGAGAGGAC